AUGCGAAAAGGACGUGCUUCUUCAUAUGAACAAUCAGAAGAAGAUAAAUCCGAAAAAUAUCCUGGGGGUUCCCAAGACUUCAUUAAAUAUUACAAUUAUUUCAAAAAUAAGGAGGAACUAUCGAAUGUUACUGAAUAUCCUAAAAAUGUAUUAGUAUUAAAUGACAUUUAUAAUGAUGCUCGAGCUAUUGGUUACCCCCAUGACUUAGCUACUAGUCCCUAUUAUGUUAAGAGAACAAACUUUAAUCUCAGACCGGAAAGACAUCAAUUUAAAGACAAAAUUGUGAAAUUUGGAGUUCUCCUGUCAGCAGAUCCAAUGCAAGUUUUCUCACUGUCUAAAGUAUUACCCAUUAUAGAAAUGGCUGCUGUAGCAGUAACCAAAAGCGAUGGGCCUUUGCCUGAUUGGAAAAUUUUAGUAGAUUACAGAGAUACAAGGUGUUCUUCUGUCGAUGGACCUUUAGCAGCUUUUGAGUUUUAUAUUAAUGGAUCGGCUGAUGCUUUUAUUGGACCAGGAUGCGAAUAUGUCAUAGCGCCGGUAGCCAGAUACGCUGGUCCAUGGCGUAUACCAGUUUUGACAGCAGGAGCCCAAGCCGAAGCUUUUGGAUAUAAGCAUCCAAGUUACUUGACCCUUACGAGGAUGAUGGGAAGUUACACACAAGCAGGUGUAGCCAUUAGAAAAGUUUUCGAGGAAUUCAAUUGGCGCAAACUUGGGAUGCUGUACCACAACAAUAAUCCAGCAACGGGAAAAGGCAAUAGUCCAUGUUACCUGACACUCAGUGCAGUAUUUUCGGUUCUGUUGAAAAAGAACACCGGCUCCUCGAUACCAAAUAUACCAUUUGAUGAGACUGUUACCAAUUCGACCGUAUUCAAAAAAUUGCUACAGAAACUCUCGUUGAGCACGAGAAUUGUUGUAGUCUGCGCAAAUCCGAGUACAGUCAGAGAAAUUAUGUUAGCGGCUGACGAACUCAAUAUGGUAUCAUCAGGAGAAUACGUAUUUUUCAACAUAGAACUUUUUUCUAACUUAGCAUCAGCAUCAUCGAAAGAGCCGUGGAAGAUAGAAGGAGAUACAGACGAGAGAAAUGAAAGAGCGAGGAGAGCUUACAGUGCGGUCCUUACUGUCACAAGUCCAGCACCAGAGAAAAAAGAGUAUUUGGAAUUUUCCGACAAGGUUAAGGAACUGGCGGCAACAAAGUACAAUUAUACGUUCGGAAAAGGGGAGAUGGUUUCAACUUUCGUAGCAGCAUUCUACGACGCUGUGCUAUUAUACGCUCUCGCCUUGAAUGAUACUUUGAGUCAGUCAGAUGACCCGAGAGGGCAGUUGGAUGGGGCCGCUGUUAUUCGCAAUAUGUGGAACAGAACAUUUCAAGGUAUCACGGGCGAAGUAAUAAUCGAUGCAAACGGCGAUCGAGUGGCUUCAUACUCACUAUUGGAUAUGAACCCUAUCACAAGCCAAUUUGAGGUCGUGGCGACAUACAUAGCGGCAAACUCAUCUCUACAGUUCAUCGCUAAUCGGCCAAUUUACUGGGCUGGGGGACGACACACACCGCCACCCGAUACCCCCGAGUGUGGUUUCGACGGCUCCCUUUGCCCUGAUAAGUCUUUACCCGUAUACGCUAUAUUGAGUAUAGUGCUGAGCUCCGUUGUAGUCAUCUUGGCGGUUUUAUCAGUAUUCAUUUACAGGCAUUAUAAGCUGGAAGCGGAAAUAGCUAUGAUGACAUGGCGAGUUAGUUGGAGUGACGUUCUGCUGCCCGGUGGUCGACUUCGAGGCAGCAUGCACUCACUUGCACGAAGGUACAGCUCGGGGACGGCGUAUUCCGAUGAAGCGACAUCAUUGGCAGGCGAUCGUCAAGUUUACGCUCCAUGCGGCUUUUACAAAGGCUGUCGAGUUGCAAUAAAGAAUGUCGAUAAACAGCGGAUAGAUUUAACACGACCCUUGUUACUUGAGCUCAAGAAGAUGAAAGAUUUGGAACACGAUCAUUUAGCGAGAUUUUACGGGGCUUGUGUGGACCCUCCGCACUGCUGUCUCCUUACGGAGUACUGUCCGAAGGGAUCAUUGCAAGAUAUUUUGGAAAAUGACACUAUAAAACUUGAUUGGAUGUUCAAAGUCAGUUUAAUGCACGAUAUUGUUCGGGGUAUGCAUUAUCUGCACGGAACCGAUAUAAAGUCGCACGGUGCAUUAAAAUCGAGUAAUUGUGUUGUGGAUUCGAGAUUCGUAUUGAAAAUUACCGACUUUGGACUACAUGCAUUGCGAACGGCGGAAAAAGAUCAUAAAGCUCAUAGCUAUUGGACUCGUUUACUUUGGACCGCCCCGGAAUUACUUCGGAUGUCUGAACUGCCACCAGAAGGCACACAGAAAGGCGAUGUAUACUCUUUUGGUAUUAUAAUGCAUGAGAUAGUUAACAGACAAGGAGCUUUUUGGUUGGGACCGGAUAUCGAUAUGGCGCCGAAAGAGAUAAUCGAAUCAGUUAUCGCAAGCGGUAUUCGCCCAAACACAUCACACCAUCGUUCUUGUGAAGCUGACGAAGCGACUGAGCUCAUGGGUCGCUGCUGGGCCGAAGAUCCAACCGAAAGGCCAGAUUUUGCCCAUCUCAAAGGAGCUAUCCGACGUCUCAAUAAAUCUCAAGAAAGUAGUAAUAUUUUGGAUAAUUUGUUAUCCCGUAUGGAACAAUAUGCUAAUAAUUUAGAAGCAUUAGUUAGUGAAAGAACACAAGAUUAUUUAGAAGAAAAGAAGAAAUGUGAAGAACUCCUUUAUCAAUUGUUACCUAAGUCAGUAGCUUCGCAGCUUAUAAAUGGGCACUCAGUAGUUGCCGAGACGUUUGAGAGUGUCACCAUAUACUUCUCUGACAUAGUAGGCUUCACCGAGCUUUCAGCUUCGUCCACGCCGAUGCAAGUUGUUGAUCUAUUAAACGAUCUUUACACGUGCUUCGACUCCAUCGUAGAAAAUUAUGACGUGUAUAAGGUUGAAACCAUAGGAGAUGCUUACAUGGUGGUAUCUGGUUUACCAGAGCGAAAUGGAAUGCGCCACGCCUGCGAAGUAGCACGCAUGGCUUUGGCUCUUCUUGAUGCUGUUACGCGAUUUCAUAUCAGGCAUCGACCCCACGAUCAGCUCAAAUUAAGGAUUGGUAUACAUUCUGGUCCCUGUGUUGCGGGGGUAGUUGGAUUGAAAAUGCCAAGGUAUUGCUUGUUUGGUGAUACAGUGAAUACAGCAUCGCGAAUGGAGUCAAACGGAGAAGCCCUAAAAAUACACGUAUCACCAACAACAAAAGCUCUGCUAGAUACUUUCGGAACAUUCCAUCUAGAGUGCAGAGGAGAGGUUGCCAUGAAGGGUAAAGGAAUUCUAGUCACAUAUUGGUUAUUAGGUGAAAUUAUCGAUCCAAACGCUCCGCCUAAGGAGAAACCAUCAUUGGCGAAGCUUCAAAUUCAAUCAAAGGAAAGUGGUUCACUGUCACAUCUAACGCCAUUUAAACAGCGGUUAGACCAAGGCUCUAGAUCGUCUAGUAGACGAGGAUCGGCAGUAUUUCAACAACAGAAAACAAAUGACCUCAAAAAAUUGGAAAAGGAGGUCCAACCGUUUUUGCAAGUCAUUAAAAUGCAAAGGCAGCUUUCGGAUCCCGCAGAACCUUUUACUAAUGGAGUGUCGGAUCAAGAUGAUAGCGUAGAUAAAUCAAACUCAUCGAAUUCAAUAGCCCUCAACGUUAACUCUCUUAAUCGUAAUUCUGUCAGUCAAAGUGGCCAACCCAAAGUGAAACUUAAGGACUGUCAAAUGAAUUCAACUGGAAAUUGCAAAUUAAAUAAGGUAGGAAAUAAUAAUUGGAUUGCGAAGCUGCCUACGACAAGUUCCUUCGAUAAUGGUGCUAAGAAGGGCAGCGAAAGUCUUAAAGAUUAUAGCAGUGUACCGUUGUUGUCUAAGGCUGAAACACCCAAUGAUUCAAUCGUUUGA